UGGUGGUUUUCUACAAACGGAGCAUUUGGAGAUAUAGAUCUAAAACAUUCUUUUAAGCAAACAGCAGCUUUGAACUUCCACUUCCUCAUAUACCAUAAACCACGCACUCUUAAUUUCUUCGGCUCUUCCCUUAGUCAGCUUCCUGUGUGCGGUGACGUCGCCGUGUGGGCGGAACAAAAGCCGGAAGUGAUUGGUGACACCAAUUCUGGGACCAGGUGGAGUAAAGCAGUUUGGGUGCUUCUCGAUUGUAAGAUGUGGUUCAUUGCCAGUAUUUUCAUUUUUCUUGUGGUUGGGAGACUAGUGGAUUCUUUUGGUUCAAACAGCACAACCCCAUCUCACAUUGCCGACUUUACCACAAAGUAUAAUUCACAGAACACAACCGCAAAGCUCAAUGUCCAGGAGAAUUUCUUUGGGGCCAACAUGCAGAUGGUUCAGAGGGCAUUUUAUGUGUUGAUUGGAAUCUCAUUGCUUGCUGUGCUAUACUUCAUCAUUCGCACUGUAAGACUAAAGAAGAAACCUCUGAGAAAAAAGUAUGGUCUUUUAUCAGACUAUGAUGAGAACAUGGAGAUGGGAUCAUUGGACAGUGAUGAAGAGAAGAUUUUUGAGGCCAGAAGUCUAAGAAGGUGACCAAAAAGGAUGACUUUACCCUCGCAUCAGAAAGAAAACACUUUAAACCCGGAGUUGUUUCUCUGCUCGUUAUGUCUCUGGCUGGUUCCUGGAUGUCCAGUGUAUUGAUUGGGAUAACAGACACUGACACAUUUUGUACUAAUUCUGAAUACUGCAUUGGAGAAAUCAGCUGUUAUAUUUUUUUGUUUGGUGAAGACCCUGAAUAAUGCUGUGCCUAAUGUCCUGCUGUAUGCUGGUACAAAUGUGUUUCCCCCCCCCUUUCUAAAAAGAACAAAAACUAAAAAAAACAAAUAGUGGGCACAUACUAUCCAAAUCUUUUCUUGCAGACUCUGAACCUGCACACAGGCGUUUUGUCCAUGCUACUCUUUAAAUUUUAAAACUGUUUGUUUUUAUGGACGUGAUUUUUUUCCCCACAAUUGGAGAGGUUAAAAAUGUUUGUGUAAACGCAGGGAAUAUGCUGCACAUGAUUUUACAAGGUGCAGAGUGAGGGAGCAUAGAGAAAUGCCAACACCUUAUUCCUAAGUAUAUUGAACUAUAGGAUUUCAUUGAUUUUUCAUUCUGUUUCCACACAUUUUGCAACCAGCAUGAUGAAUAUGUAUAGUUACAAAGACUAAGUAAUGGUGUUCUAUGCCAUCUACUGUCACUAAUAAGCUUGGAAUUUAAUACUGUGUUUCCUACUCUGCUGAUAUUGCUAUUGAAAAUUUUUGUAACAAUUAUUUUUUUCAGACUAAUUUUUAUUACUAAAUAAACAUUCCAUUUUCUUCCUAAAA